AUGCCGACCCUCCUCUCUUCCCCUCCGACAAUGGCGCGCACUCUCCACAAACCACUUCUCCCGCCAGAACUCCAACCCGCCUCCUCCACCUUCAAGUUCGCCGUAAAAGACAACAUCGCCACCCUCGGCUCCCCAACAACAUGCGCCUCUCCGUUCCUCUUCACCUACCAAUCCCCGUUCGAAGCCACCAUCGUCCGCCAGCUCCGGUCCCGCGGCGGCGCCCUCGUCGGCAAGACCAACAUGGACGAAUUCGGCAUGGGCUCGCACUCCCUUAACUCCGUCCACGGCCCCGUGGCCAAUCCCAAUUUUGCUUCGGUCGGCCCGCCCCGGUCGGCAGGCGGUAGCUCGGGAGGCAGCGCCGUAGCUGUGAGGUUAAACGAAGCCGACGUGGCGCUGGGUACGGAUACGGGGGGUUCGAUUCGCUUGCCGGCUGCCUAUACGGGGACUGUGGGGUUUAAGCCCUCUUAUGGCAUGGUCUCGAGGUUUGGGGUUGUGCCGUAUGCGAAUUCGCUGGAUACUGUGGGGUUACUUACAAGGGAUGUGAGGAGCAUAUAUGAUCUCGUCAUCGGUUCCGGGCUGAUUCGCGAGCAUGACCCCAGCGAUCCCACUUCCUUAACGGAGGAAUCUCGAAAACGAUGCGCCGAGACGCAUGGCCACAACAACGAUCCCACCCCCCUAGACAACCACUUCAAGUCCCCCCGCUCCCGCGCCGCCAUCACCAUCGGUAUUCCCAAAGAAUACUGCAUCAAGGAACUCGACCCCCUCAUCCACGCCGCCUGGAAAGAAGCCGAGUCCCUCCUCAAAGAAUGGGGCGCCACCAUCGCUCCCGUCAGCCUACCCACCACCGAAGUCGCCCUACCAGCCUACUACGUCCUCGCACCGGCAGAAGCCUCCUCCAACCUCGCCAAGUACGACGGCGUGCGCUACGGAACGCGUGGGGAAGCGAGUGACGGCGCCGGGGAGGUCCUCUACUCGCACACUCGCGGGGAAGGGUUCGGCGACGAGGUCAAGCGCCGCAUUCUCCUAGGCACGUACAGUCUCAGCUCCGAGAAGAUGGACAACUUCUUUAUCCAGGCGCAAAAGGUGCGCAGGCUCGUACAGAGGGACUUUGAUAGGGCGUUUAAGUUGCCAAACCCCCUCUACGAGAACGACGAGCCGUUUGAUCUGAGCGACAUGGAUGAUGACGUCGCGUUGAUGGAUAAGAAGGGGCCGGCGCAGGUGGACUUUUUGCUCUGUCCCACGGCGCCGACUUUCCCGCCGUUGAUUGGGGAUAUUCAGCACCAGACAGCCGUGGAUUCGUACAUGAAUGAUGUGUUCACCGUGCCCGCUAGUCUUGCUGGCUUGCCUGCCAUUAGCAUUCCUGUUCCUGUGAAAGGAGCGACGCCGGAAACCGGCCCGGUUGCUGGGUUGCAGUUGAUUGGGCAGUAUUGGGAUGACGCGAGGGUCCUUGCUAUUGCUCACGAGCUGUCGCAGCGUCUACCUGUAAAGAUAUAG